UUCAAUAUGGAAGUUUAUUUUUCAUUAUUUUUGUAAGAAAACUAUUAAUAGUAAUCAUAGAUAUUGUAAUUAAAUAUUACACGCGAACUUUAAUCAUAUUAUGGUUCUAUGGAUAUUUCAAUCCCUGAACAAUCAAUAUGGGUGAUCAAAACUCAUCAGAUUGUUCCUGGAAAAAAUUGGUGAUAGCAAAAGCAAACAACGAAUGGAUAUCUACAAUAAAAGGAGAGCCUGUUCAGAACACUCUAAAGACAUCAGUAGUAGUUGAAGGUGGACCAACUGAUUAUAAAAGAGAAGACGCAGAGGUUUACUUUGACUACCAAAGUGGAGAAACUGAGACUUUAUUACAGGAAGUGGAUCCUUUGUUAGUUGUUACGGAGCCCAAAAGACGGAGCAAAAGUUCUAGCUUUAAAAACGAAAAGCCAGAAGAGAGAAAAGCUCGGCUGGCAAAAAUGUCAGCUUAUGCUGCCCAGAGACUUGCCAAUGAAACUCCAGAACAGCGCGCUGCGAGACUCAAACGAAUGUCUGAUUAUGCGGCGAGGAGACUGUCUCAAGAAACUCAUGAACAAAGAGCCAAACGUCUUGCUAGAAUGUCAGCAUAUGCUGCAAAAAGAUUGGCGCAGGAGACACCCGAACAGAGGCAAGCUCGUUUAGCUAGAAUGUCAAUUUAUGCAGCUAAAAGAAAAAAUGUAGUACAAAAAAAGAGACAAGUCCAUGGCUCGGAGGAAAUUUCUAAUGAAACAUAUAACCAAAGCUAAAAUAUUGGUUAGGUACCUACUAAUGUUUAUGUUAAGAUUGUGC